UGUUUUUAAAUAGUCACCAAAAAACUUAGAGGCAGGCUCUCAGGCUGUCGGUGGCGAUCCCACCCGGUGCAGGCUUCUCAGGGACUACGAGACCAGGAGUGAUGCAGCGGGCUUUGUUCCGCCGGAGCGCGCCGCUCGCCCAGCAGGCAGCAGCGGCCUUCGACAACCAGCUGGCCGCGAGGAGCGCGCCUCUUCUGCAGCGCGUGGACCGCUCGAUGUCCUCCCUCACCAUCCCGCCGCCAGCAUGUAUGCUCCGGCCGCUGGAAGCUCCAUUGCGUUACCUGUUCGGACCGGGACCCUCAAACGUUCCUCCGCGUAUUUUAGCGGCUCAGGGAAGACCGAUAAUCGGCCACCUGCAUCCAGAAAUGUACACGAUCAUGAAUGACAUCCAACGAGGAAUCCAGUACAUCUUCCAGACAGAGAACAACAUGACUAUAGCUAUGAGUGGCUCCGGGCACGCGGCCAUGGAAUGUGCAGUGUUCAACACGGUGGAGCCCGGAGAGAGCGUGCUCGUUGCCAUUAACGGAAUCUGGGGAGAGCGCGUAGCAGAAAUUGCGGAAAGAAUGGGUGCCAAUGUACACAGAAUGGUCAAAGCACCUGGAGGAUAUUUCAGCAAUAAGGAAAUUGAACAGGCCGUCAAAAAACACAAGCCUGUCCUGUUUUUCCUCACACAUGGGGAGUCCUCGGCUGGCCUCUGUCACCCAGUAGAUGGCAUUGGAGACAUAUGCAGAAAACAUAACUGCCUGUUCCUGGUUGACACGGUCGCAUCUCUUGGUGCAGCCCCAAUUUUUAUGGACAAGCAAAAUAUCGACAUCUUGUACAGUGGUUCUCAGAAGGCUCUGAACGCGCCUCCCGGCACGGCACCGAUCUCCUUCAAUGAGAGAGCAUGCCACAAGAUGUUUAACAGGAAAACAAAGCCGGUGUCCUACCUCUUUGAUAUGACACAUUUGUCCAACUACUGGGGUUGUGAUGGCCAACCGGCCAGACUGUACCACCACACUGGUCCAGUGUCUGGAUUCUUUGCCCUGAGAGAGAGUCUGGCAAUAAUUGCUGAGAAGGGGCUGGAGGAGUCCUGGAGGAAACACAAGGAGGUGGCCGACUACCUGUACAGAGGCCUGGAGGACUUGGGCCUCAAGCUGUUCAUUCCUGAAGCGGAGUUGAGACUUCCCUCCGUCACCACCAUCGCCAUUCCCGACGGCUACAACUGGAGGGAGUUGCUGGCCUACAUCAUGAAACACCACCAGAUGGAGAUGACUGGAGGCCUGGGCCCUUCCAUCGGCAUGGUGAUAAGGAUCGGAUUGAUGGGAUACAACUGCGAGAAGUCUAAUGUCGACAUGGCACUGAACGCCCUGGCAGACGCUCUCACGAACUGCAAAAAGAGCAAGGUUUAAGAAACCAGAUUCCCUGGCCUCUCACCACUGCACUCAUUCAUUUGGGGACACAAAGUAAAUAUGCAGUGUCCCAAUAGGAUGGUUUUAAAAUCAAAGCAGAUAUUAAAUGUGUUGUAUGCUAAAGUAUGUCAAUAAAGUGUGCCUUGAUUUAUCAAAUA